CAAAUUUAACCAUUUACGCUAAAUAUUUUAACACCGUUUACAGCUCCAUUAGUUAAGUGAAAAUAAACUCACGUGGAUGCCACCUGUACAAUACAUCAUCUCCAACUCAGCCAUAUCAUGACACAUGUCUGCCACUUGUGUUUUGUAAAUAAACUCCAAAAAUUUAAUUUUUAAGAAAUAAAUUAUUUUGACUAGUUUUCUAUUUCUUUAAUCUUUCUCUUCUCCUUUUCCGAUGCAAGCCAUGAUAGAUCAGGGAAGGGAUGGGGAAUAGGGAUGGCAAUGGGUCGGGUUGGGGCGGGUUUUGUCAAACCCAAACUCAAACCCAUGGGUUUAUCUGCCAAAAAAACCCGGGGUAAAACCCGUUGGGUUUGAAAAACUCAAACCCAACCCAACCUGCUGGGUAUCCGCGGGUUCAUGGGUACUCGUGGGUUUUUGUAGUAAAAAAUUUACAAUAACAAGUUUCUUUCAAAAUAAAAUUUUAACAUCAAUAUUCUCAUACAAAUUAAUCAUACAAAAAAACACCAAUCUAGAGCAUACAAGCAAACUGCAAAUGAUCAAUACAAAUUGUUCAAAAUUAAAGAUAAACAUAUAUAAACAAAAGAUUAAUUGAAAGCUUCUUCCUCGUCAACUAAGUUUCUUCACUCUCCACUUCAUAAUAUCAACUUCAUUCUAAACAAUUAGAAAGAACAAAUUAUACAUGUCUCCACAAACAUUAAGAAUAUUAAUUUUUUAAGAAAGAUAUAUUAUUUAGAAUAUUAAAUAUACCGAGAAAAUAAUUAUAUUUGUGUGGGCGGGUACCAAUGGGUCGGGUUUACCUAAACCCAAACCCAACCCGACCCGGUGAAUAGUGUAGCGGGUUUAAACCCGAACCCGGCCCAAACCCCGUCAACACGGAUUUUACCCGCGUUGACCGGGUUGGGUCGGGUGGGUACCCGUGGGUUCGGGUUUUGUUGCCAUCCCUAAUGGGGAAGCUGGUUCCCGACGGCAGUAGCGGUGACCCAUUAGAGUAUGAUGUCCAACGGGGUGACAUCGGCGGUAGCGGUAGUAGCGACAUUCGUCUUGGAGGAGAGAGUGGCAUCUAAGAUCUGAUCCCGAUUUCGAAAGCUGGAAAUCCCUAGAACAACCACCCCACCAAUUGGAGACCAGGUUCAUCGAUUCCGGAACAAAACUCACCGGGAGAUGCGAGGAGGCUAGUUGCAGAGAGGGAGAUGUAUCAGUGGAGAGAGGGAGAGCGCUCUGAGAAUCGCCGACCCGCUCCUCCUCCUUCGGAUUUUCUCCGCCACGAACUCGUUAUACCUCUGUCCCUGCCUUCCCCGAGCUGUCACACGGUCGCCGAAAUCCCAUUUUCCAGCACCACUAUGUACACAAUUCCCAACAUCUCGAUCUCCCUCGAUCUGCCUCCUUACCACGGAGAUGACGAAGAGGAUGGUGAUGAAGGUCAGAGGAAGGACGGGUGAUGGCGAGUCGGAUCUGUAUCCAGACGGGGGAAAUUUUUGAAUUGGGGAAGUUUUGUUCGAUUGAGUUUGUAUAUUGGGGAUUUUCGAAGAAGAGUAGAUUUUGAGGCUAGCCUUAGAGAAUAUGAGAAAGAGAUUUUGAGGCUAGCCGCAGCUCUCUAUUCACUCGCUAGAAGUCAUGAAUCGCUGACGGGAAGGGAUGGAGCGAUGGGGAAGGUCAAGCGGCGAUUAUAGAUAUUAGAUAUGAGUUUAUUUAUCCUUUAUUUAUUAUUUUUAAUUUUUUGGUUUCUUUUUCCCCGGUUAGUAUUACAAUAAAAAUAAGUAAUUUUC